GUAGCACACCACCCAUCCACUUUCACCACAAAGAAUCCGUUCAAGGAGGAGCCCAAGAAGUGAUCAUUAGUUUUCUAGCUCCAUUCUGAGAAAGGAAAUUAUUUCCUCGCCUUGUAGGUAUACAAUCUGAGCAAAAAUGGUGAAGUUUUCCAAGAAACUAACAACGGACCAGGUUCCAGGAUGGGAGGAGUACUACUUCAACUACAAAUUGCUGAAGGCGAGAGUGAAGGUGUACACGGAGCAGACAAAGGAAGGCAAUCACGACCGAAGACGCGUUCUCAAAGAUUUCUCAAAGUUGCUCGACGAUGAGAUUGAGAAGAUAGUGCUGUUCAUGAUAGAACAGCAAGGGCUGAUCGCGGCGCGGCUAGAAGAGCUAGGGAAGCGAAGGGCGGUACUUGAGGACAUUCCACUUCUUCAGGAGAUAACUGAACUGAGGGAGGACUACAGGGCAGUUGGCCAUGAUCUUGUGAGGCUUCUGAAGUUCGUCGAUCUCAACGCCAACGCGGUCCGGAAGAUCCUGAAGAAGUUCGACGAGCGUCUCGGGUAUAAGUUCACGGAUUAUUAUGUCAGGAGCAGAUCGAAUCAUCCCUAUUCUCAGCUCCAGCAGGUUUUCAAGCAUGUGGGUAUUGGAGCUGUUGUGGGGGCAUUGUCGCGCAAUCUCGGCGAUCUCGAGGAGCGCGAAGGAAGUUAUCUGAACAUCUAUGAUCAGCACCCACUGGCCAUUCCGAAGGAUCCUAUAAUCGACAUGAUCAAGGCGACGGCGGACAAGCUGACGAACUCGACCAACUUCCUGCGGUUCCUGGGGCAGCACGCGCUGAUCGCGCAGGGGAGCAUCGCCGACGACUCACCGGAGGAGCAGCAGGUGUCGGAGGACAAGUACCACUUCAUCUCCCUGGUGCUCAACCUGGCCAACACCUUCCUCUACAUGGUGAACACGUACAUCGUCGUCCCCACGGCCGACGACUACGCCACCAGCCUCGGAGCCGCAGCCACGGUGUGCGGCGUCAUAAUCGGCUCCAUGGCCGUGGCGCAGCUCUUCUCCUCGGUCUACUUCAGCGCCUGGUCCAACCGCUCCUACUUCCGCCCGCUGCUCUUCAGCAGCGUCGUGCUCCUCCUCGGCAACGUCAUGUACGCGCUGGCCUACGACUUGGACUCCCUCGCCAUCCUCCUCGCCGGCCGCGUGCUGUGCGGGAUGGGGUCGGCGAGGGCCGUCAACCGGAGGUACAUCAGCGACUGCGUCCCGCAGAGGAUCCGGAUGCAGGCGUCCGCGGCGUUCGUCAGCGCCAGCGCCCUCGGCAUGGCCUGCGGCCCGGCGAUCGCCGGCCUGCUCCAGGUCAACUUCAGGCUGUACGCGGUCACCAUCAACCAGGACACCUUGCCUGGCUGGGUCAUGGCCUUCGGCUGGCUCGCGUACCUGCUCUGGCUGUGGAUCUCGUUCAAGGAGCCGGUUCUCGGCGACGCCGGCGAUGAAGGUCACCGCCAGGGAUCCUCUCGUGGCUCCUCUAGCUUAGGAUACCGGAAGCAAGGGCUUGCGGGUGAAUACCUGCUGAAGCAGGACGCUGAGGGCGAAAGCGAGGAGGAGGAGACGCCGGCCCCGGCGGCGGCGCCGUCGAUCGCCGAGGCGUACGGGCUGCUGACGCCGUCGGUGAAGGUGCAGCUGCUGAUCUACUUCAUGCUCAAGUUCUCGAUGGAGAUCCUGCUGUCGGAGUCGAGCGUGGUGACGAGCUACUACUUCGGGUGGAACACGAGCACGGUGGCGGUGUUCCUGGCGGCGCUGGGGCUGACGGUGCUCCCCAUCAACGCGGUGGUGGGCACCUACAUCAGCAACAUGUUCGAGGACCGGCAGAUCCUGGUGGCGUCGGAGGCGGUGCUGCUGGCCGGCGUGGCGCUGAGCUUCCACGUGCCGGGGACGGCGUACACGGCGGCGCAGUACGUGUGCUCGGCGCUGCUGACGUUCGUGGCGGCGGAGGUGCUGGAGGGGGUGAACCUGUCGCUGCUGUCGCAGGUGAUGCCGGCGCGGCUGUCCCGCGGGACGUGGAACGGCGGGCUGCUGUCGACCGAGGCCGGCACGCUGGCGCGGGUGGCCGCCGACGGGACCAUCACGCUGGCCGGGUACCUCGGGCAGGGCGCGCUGCUGAACGCCACGCUGCUGCCGUCGCUGCUCAUCUGCGCCGCCUCCAUCGCCGCCACGCUCUCCACCUACAACUCGCUCUUCUACUAGCCGGCGAGCGAGCGCGCCCGUCACGGCGGCGUGUGUGUGUGGUUUCCGGCGGUUGCGGUACGUGUUCUGUUUUGUGUUGUGACUCUUUGAGGUGUACGCGUGUGCUGCUCGGAACGUGUGAUAGCUCGGGGCAUAAUAGAAGAUGCUUUCGCCCCCAACUACAAGUGAGGGGCAAUUUGGGAGGCUGAGAGUUAUGCCCCCUCCCUUCGUCCACGACACCGUGGGCCCCGUCUCCUCCGGCCACCGCUUCAAAGGAGGGACGGCGUCUGAUAGGAAUAUAUUGCCGAUGUCCCCCCCCCCCUCCUCCCAACGGCGGAGGCUCGGGGCAGUCGACUCGAUCGUAUAGUCGGUUUUCGGAUAGACGAUCAUAGGAUUUGGUGAUUGGCUCUUGUAGAAGGCUUUGUUGUCUUGAAGCAAGCUUCGUCGUUGAAGGUUGGUGGCCACGCUCUUCUUCCUCGGCCACAUUAAAUGAAGACCGCGGUACCGGUAACUGGCGGACACCGGCACGAUACCCAACUGACUCGUCGCAUACACUCGAUCUUGUAAACUGCGACCGAUCGUUUCAUCAAUAACUCCUCAAGUUUUAGGUUUGCUGGUUGGUCCCCUUUGUUCCGACGGUGCUAUAGUUACGGUGCUGACCGGCGAGAAACGUUCCGGUGAGGCAGGUGAUACGGGGUCAAUUGUAAUUUGUCUUCUUUGCGAGUCCUUUGUGCAAAGCUUCAUGGUGUUGGUUUUCUUGAGGUCCUCCUGUGGGUGGCAUAUGUUUGCUUGUUGCAAUCACAAUGAUAAAUGUAAUGU